AACUACGCUCAUGUUUGGCUAACAACGGCGGGUAUCCACACAGGUACUCUAACCCUCGCAUGGUGCACCUCGUGUCUGAGCGCCCGCGAGAGUCCGUGUUACCGGUGCUUAUCCAACAUUGCGCAGGUGGCACUUCCAUCAAGAAGACGUCGCCAAAGAGCUCAUUUUGGAGCAUCGCUUUCCCGAUCUACUAUGUUUUGCUGAGUUUGCUUUGCAACGCGCUCUUCUUUGUCGGAUCAUGCUUGUUUCUGCCCAUCAAACUCACGGAGCGCAGCGUCUCCUUCACCUUCGUGAUUGAGAAUCUUGACGUCGAGCAGGUAAUGACGUCUCACAUCACGUUCUUUGAAGACUUGGAGAAUAACUUCACUGGCGCGCUGGCUUCUGACCAAGCGAAUCCGAUCAAGCCGCAUCACACACACUUCCAGUGGCGCAAAACGACAUCUUGCAGCCUGGACAACGCAAUGCUCUUUGACGUGAACAUCUAUCCGCGGGACGGGCACAAUGUUACUGCUCUGAAAAUGUCGCUUCCAUCGUCUCUCAUAAUCAGCAACGCUUUGAAUCGGUCAUUUUCCAGUCUCGGCAUUGGUGAUGCUGCCGUAGGCAGCAUGGACGUCACCGUUGUCAGCCGUCCACGACUGGUUGAGACCCCGAUUGUGCAGAAGUGGGCAGUGGAUCUUGGCUGCAACUUGUUCAUCAUAGGCAGCGCGCUGCUGGCGGCGAUUUCUGGAUUGGACUUGUUGGAGGAUAUGCUGGCAUGUGGAUUGAAGCUGAAAGUGCCAUCCCCAUCCGGGAAGUCUCAUUCAUUUUCCUCCCACGGGUAUGAGAUGGUUGGAAGCGACAGCGAGGCUUUCGGGAGUGACGCAUACGAAGGAGUUUCUGUCAUUGCAAGUGCCCGUGCAGAGAGGGGCUUGUACCUCACGGGGGGAUUGAUCUUCCUGGUGGGCACCAUAUACUUCCAGCACCCUCAGAUGAUAAGCCACCGUGUCCCCUCGGAGGUGAUGCGGGAUGAGGACGUGCUCUUCGCGGCCAUCUGGAUGUUCAUCCUGGGUUCCAUCAUUUUUGUCUUCGCCACCUUCCUGAACGCCUUGUCCCUGAACGUGUCGGCGCCUGGGAGUUCCAAGAAGACCUUCAUCCACUGGUCAGUGGCCACCUGCGGGGUCUACGAGCUCGGGGGUAUUUUAUUCGUGAUGGGCUCGGUGUGCUUCAUGCCAAACCAGGGCUGCAAGGAGGGCAUGGAGAUCCUGGGCGCCUGGUGCUUCAUGCUGGGGGCUUGCUGCUACGUCAUGGGGGACUUCAUCGAGUUCAUGAAGACCUGCGCCCUGAUCUUCUUGCGGAUGAAGCAGGAGGAGGCCGCCCAGAAGAUCGAGCGCGCCAUGCUGCACUACCUGUUCCGGCAGCGCUUGGCCAGUGUGGGGAAGUACAGAAGGCAGAGCCGGCCGAAUGAGCAGUCCCGCCGCAGCUCCGUGCGCUCGAGAGGGAGCGUCAAGCAGCUGGGACUGGUCAGGACCUUCACCCAGGCCCUGAAACAAAAGUCCAUCAUCCAGGCUCUAAAGUUCGAAAACGUGCCUAAAUGUGCUGCAGAACAUGAUGGCAGCACAGAGUUGCUGGCUGGUACGAAGAUGCGGUUGUGAAGGGAUUUGGCAGACUCCCAGACGAAGGGAUAGUCCGAGUUCGUCACAAACGUUUAGUUCGAACGGUGCCAAAGAGCAUUGCUUUUGAACGCACGGACUGCGAAACUCCCAAAGACGGAGCAUCCCUUCUCGUGUGCGUAUGGACUUCUUCAGUGUGUGUACAUUGGGCUAGGCCGAUCAAACAGGUUGGCGAGUG